AUGGCCAAGCGCUCGCUCAAACCCAAACCUUACAAACCCAAGUUCGUCGACACCGGCAACAAUCUUGGCAAAAGGCGCCGUGAGAUCGCUGCCCAAGCCAAGUUAGACGAGAUUGCUGCCGCGAAACGGCACCGCAAGUGGGAGCAAAAAGAUGUUUUGAAGCAGCUCUUGCCUAGCUUUGUUGCUGCUUCCAAGGAGGGCCAAGUCACUGCUUAUAUGUCUCGCGCUUGUUUGGUGUGGUUCGCUUUCCUGAGCCUGCAGAUGAGGAGGUUUUCGUCAAUGAAGAGUUCAAAGAUGACCCAGCUUACGAGGAAUACAUUCGGGAAGCGCGUCGUAAGUGGAUGCGCAGGAAGCUCUCCUGGAUGUGUGGGAGCUUCGCGACUAAAGAGGAUGGUCCAAAGCCCGAGAAACCUGUUUGGGUGCUGGAGUUGA